AUGUCAGAGAAAGAUCAAGAAGAGCAAAAGAAAGACAAAUCCAAUCAAAAGAAGCCUUUCAUCACUGAAGCCAAAGUCACUCUAGCUCCAUUUCCUGGUAGAUUGUCAAGUUCAAAGAAAGAAUGGGAAGAUAAUGAGAUUAUGCAAAUGUUUCGAAAGGUUGAAGUUAAUAUUCCACUCCCUGAGGCCAUCAAGCAGCGGUUUUGCAAAGAAGGAUGCCCUCAAAGUGCAAGGAUCCCGUUGUCUUUACCUUGCCAUGCAAAUUGGGGAAUCUUCAUGUACCUAACUAGAGUUAUGCUCGAUUUAGGUUCAUCUAUAAAUGCCCUACCAUAUUCUAUUUACAAAUCAAUUGGUGUAGGAACAUUGAGAAAAACCGGUGUUAUCAUUCAACUUGUCGACCGGCCAAUAAUACACCCAAAAGGUGUACUAAAGUAUCUGUUAGUGCCAGUAAAUGAGCUUAUUUUUUCGGCUGAUUUCUAUGUCUUAGAUAUGGGAGAUGACGACUCCCCUAAUUCAAGUUCCAUACUUCUUGGUAAACCUUUUCUUAAAACAUCAAAAACAAAAAUUGAUGUCUACAAUGGUACUUUGUCUAUGGAAUUUUAUGAGGAAGUCACUAACUUCAAUAUUUAUGAAGCUAUGAGAUAUCCUUCCAAUUUAGUUUUUUCACAAGGUUUAGACAAGGACAAAAUCAAGGAACUUGAAAGGGUGAUCAAGAUAGACAAAGAUAUGUUGGAAAUGGUUAAUCUUAUGGAUGACAAGAAGCACCUGGGGGUCAAUGAAAGGAAAGAUAAGUUACCAACCACCGAUACCAAACUCCUUCCAUUAGUGAUUCAACCACCAAAGCUGGAACUGAAGACUCUGCCGAACCAUUUGAAGUAUGCAUAG